UGUUUCAGAAACUGAAUAUUAUACUGGUAUGAAGUCUGGGAUUUGCUAUAAUAUAAUUAUUGCUGAAGUUACUCUUGCACUAAUGCAAAAAAAAACCUGUGCUAAACUGACAAUCCAGUAGCUUCAAAAUGACUAAAAAGAGGAAACACCAAGAGGAUUUUCAAAAGGUGAAGCUAAAAGUUGGAAAAAAGAAGCCUAGACUAGAAAAUGCAACUGAUACAAACUUCAAAACAAAGGCCAUAUAUCUUCCUGAACAGCUUAAAGAGGAUGGAAUACUUCCCACAAACAAUAGAAAACUUAACAUAAAGGAUCUGCUUUCACAGAUGCAUCACUAUAGUGCCGGAGUUAAGCAAAGUGCUCUUCUUGGGCUCAAAGAACUGCUGUCCCAGUAUCCGUUUAUAAUUGAUGCACACCUUUCAAAUAUACUAAGUGAGGUGGCAGCUGUGUUUACAGACAAGGACUCUGGUGUCAGAGUAGCAGCAAUCCGGCUCCUUCAGUUCUUGGCUCCAAAAAUCCGAGCUGAGCAGAUUGCUCCAUUUUUUCCUUUGGUAAGUGCCCAUCUCUCCAGUGCCAUGACUCACAUCAGUGAAGGAAUUCAGGAGGAUUCUUUAAAGGUCUUGGACAUCUUGUUGGGAGAGUACCCAAUCCUCCUUACUAAUCGCUGUAGUAUGUUGCUGAAGAAUUUUGUAGAGCUUAUUUCUCACCAGCAGUUGUCAAAAAACCUGAAAAGUAGAGAGAAAAUAUCCUGGAUGCUAUCUGUUAACCCUAACCGCAGAGUAACUUCACAGCAAUGGAGGCUGAAUGUACUGAUCAGACUCAAGAAGUUUCUCCAGGCAUUGGUAGAUGGUUCCAGCGGAUCAGAAGAUGAUGAAGGAAUCCAGGAGCAAAAGGAGAACUCCCAGUUCAUGAGGAAUUCAGUAUGUAUAAGCUGGAAGGAGCAUGCCAGUAACCAGCAGCACAUCCAGCUAUAUGAAAAUGGUGGGUCACAACCAAGGAUCGAUUCAGCGUUCAGGCUAAGGUCCCUGGUAAGCGUGACAGACAGUAUGGAAAAAGGCCUGUCUUCUGCUGAAAAUUUAAAAGGGUUUAUUGAGAUAAUAAUUCCAUUAUUGAUUGAGUGCUGGACUGAAGCGUCUCCUGCACAACUUGCUGCUCCCAUUCUUGGUAAUCUUUUGGAACCUGAAUCUCAACAGCUGAUGCAGCAAGUGCUUAGUAUCAUAUACCUGCUGUGGAAACUCACAAAGCAACAUGAUGAAACACACAAAAUGGAGGCAUGGCUUCGAAUGAAUUACCUUGUUGAUUUCAAGCAUCACUUCAUGCGUCAUUUUCCUUAUUCUUUACAAGAAACAAUUAAGCACAAAAAGAGAGAUCCAUACAAAAGCACCAAGUAUUAUAUGACAUCGUCAAACAGCGUAGACCAUCUUUUAUUGAAUUUAACCCUGUGUGACAUUAUGGUUUCACUGGCAAGUGCUUCAACACUUCAAAUGGAUUCUGACUGGCUGGAUAUGAUAAGAAAGUUUGUGACCGAAACCCUUCAGGAUGGUUGCAGAUUGAACUGCAAGCAGUUGAACAGAUUGCUUGGAGUGACAUGGAGACUAAUGCAAAUACAACGAAACAAAGUGGCAACAGAGACUUUGAUAAAAGCAGUAUAUAUACUGUACCAGCAGAGGAAUCUCCUCUUUCCUGUUCGUAUGUUGCUUUUGAAAUUUUUUAGCAGAGUUUAUCAGAAAGAAGAACUGAGCAGUCAAAAAAUCAGAAGCCGAAGUAAAGUUUUAUCUCGUUGGCUGGCUGGCCUACCUCAGCAGCUUGCUCUGCUUGGCUCAAGAAAGCCUGAGCUUUCAAAACAGUUGAUUGAGACCAUUCAUUCUGCUGCAUCUCAUUCAAACAAGGAAUUUUUACAAAGUUUGCAAGCCACUGCUUCUCGAAUUUAUGAUCCAGUAGAUGGCACUCUGGUUCUCCUUCCAGCAGAAUCACAGAAACGUUUAGUGCAGCUUGUAUACUUUCUACCGUGUCUACCAACCGACUUACUUUCUUCUCUAAGUCGCUGCUGCAUUAUGGGAAGAAUGUCUUCAGAUCUAGCUGCCACCCUCAUUGGGAUACUGCGUAUGAGAUCUUCCUUUGCUGGAUGGAAAUGCCAAGUGCAGGACAGUUCAGUGAACGAUGUGGACUACUUCAGCUUCUUGUUUUCGACACUUACGGGAUUCUCUAAAGAGGAGUUGACUAGCCUUCAGAGCAUUAAAGGAAAACCUCACAUUAGUCAGACACAGCUUUCACCUGUCCAUCUCUACCUGACUGAUCUGGACCAAUUUUUACACCACUGGGCUGUGACAGAGGUGGUAUGUCACAGCUUAUCCACUAUACCUUCACGAAGUCAGUGUUUUGACAUCCUCCAGAACGGUAUCUGUAAAUAUCUGGUUGGACUGGCUGUAAUACCUGAUAGCACAGCUGGAUCUGUUUUGUGUGCCAUGAGUAAGCUCCUGGAUCAAGCUUGCAUCCUUAGUGAAAAUCUACACAAGUUUCUAGCCUCUUGCUGUUAUAGUCUUCUUUACUUCCUGUUAACUUUAGACAAAGAGGAUGCAGAACAUGCGCGGAAGAGGGACAUGUUAUGGGGAUCGUGUAUUUCAGUGCUAGCUCUCGUGCCACGAGUGUUUAGGUUGAUGCUGCAGAGUCUUCAAGUGAGCAGGGCCUGUCGGGAAGAACUGCCUGUCAUUGGUCAGUUGUUGCGUUUGCUAAUGCAGCAUGGACAGCUCAGGAGUCACAUGGUGACAAGUGAACUUCUUGUGCAACAGAUUGUCAAGGAUAUUAUGACAUUGAAGAGUGGUGAAGUCCAAGAGCAAUGGCUAACAGACCUCCAUUACUGUUUCAACAUAUAUCUUGCCACACAUCCACAGGGACCCGGUGCUAUUAGCACAGAAUAUUGAAGAGAUGAACAUUGUGCAUCUGCUUUAAAGUGUUUACUUCCAUUUAAUUCUGAAAGGAAAAUGUUGGGCCAAUGUUUGUUACAAAAAAAAUUUUAAGUGGAACUUUAAAUAAAUUUUUUUUCAUAAAAUCUGUUUGUACUACUUUCUUGCUUCAAGACCAAAGUAAUGUAACAUUGCAGUGCAAGUAGAUUAGGUAAAAACUGACUGCAGAAGAGGAUACGCUGAGGAAGUGAAAAUAUUAAAUGCUGUCACUGGGAUGUGGAGAGCAUCUCCUUUGUUUAUUCGAUUCUUUACUGACUCCAGUCAUUUUCCAUUAUUUGUAACAAUACUGAAAUGAUUUCAUUGUGUAAUAUACAAUGCAAAAAUACUACUCCAUGCUUUUUAAGGUGGAAUAACAGUAUUCUGGAUAUUUAUUCUUUACUACAUUUCUAUUUUUUAUAUUUAAUAAAGUCAAAGUAAUAAUAUUCAACAUGCUUAGGACAAAAGUUUAAGAAAAAAAUUAUGUAACGUUCCUUUUUUUCUUACAUGUCCACCAAAGUGAUCCCCUUGUCUGCCUUUCAGUUUCACUUGUGAAGUCAAUGGCAAAACUCCAGCUGACAUCAGUGGGAGAAGGCCCCAUGGUGUGUGUCGAUAUAUAGUUACAAUUUCACUAAUGAAGAAAUUUACUUUGUUUUGAGGGGAGAGGGUGAAGUGGUGAAAUCUUGGCCCCACUGACUUCUAUAGGUCCAGCCUUUCACCCUAGAAACUUAACAGUUAACAUGGUCCUUUCUUUGAGUCACUAUUUUUACCAGUACAUUAGUAUCUAACAGUGAGCUCAGACACAAUGUUCCCUGUUAGUGAAGAAUCAAAGCACACAGGUUGCUGUUGAGCAGAUGCACUCAUUUCUAGUGGAGGCUAUACUUUCUGCUCUGUGUAGAUUUUCAGAUACUUAUUACAGGUAAUUGCAAAGCUUUUGGUACUCUGAAUUUGGGGUAAGAUGAGACACAGUGACAAAGAUUUUCUAAAAUAGUUAAUCCUUUAAUAUAACUGGCUCCGCACAUCUAACGUGAUUAGAGCAGUUUG